UGCUUGUCGAUCGGUAGAUAAGCGUCCCAGUGAGAGAUGAUCCAGACUACGCAUGUUGUUAAGUCCAUGUGCUUCUGCGUCCAAGACUGCCUGCCUACAAGACUUGCAUUCAGGCGAGAGCAGACUUUGUCUUAGUGGAGAGAUCAACGACCACCAGAAAACUCCAUCAACACAUCCUUUCUCCGCAAGCCAACAUCUUUCUCUCCCAUCAUGGCCGGGCGCGAGGAUGUCGAGUUUAAGACUCUUGACGGGCUCACCAUCCGGGGAUGGCUGUAUCCUGCGACGAAACGGGGAGCCGCCAUCAUUGCUACGCCUGGGUUCAACUUCACCAAGGAGACCAUGGUGGCCGAGAUCGCCGAGUAUUUCCAGCGACAGGAUUUCACGGUGCUCAUCUACGACCCCCGCAGCAUCGGGGUCAGCGACGGCACUCCGCGCAACGAGAUCCAUCCGUCUCGCAACGUCGAGGACUACCACGAUGCGCUCACCUACCUGAAGGGCCACCCGCUGGUGGACCCGAAGCGCAUCGCCUACUGGGGGUUCUCCUACAGCGGGAUGCUGGCGCUGGUGGCCGCGGCGCUGGACAAGCGGGCCAAAGCCGUCGUGGCCAUGUGCCCGCUGACGAUCUGGGAGAGCCCGCCGGAGAAGUGGCCGCGCGUGCUAGCCAAGGCGCUGCAGGACCGCGAGUCGCGCGCGGCCGGCAACCCGCCCGUCUACAUCCCCAUGCUGACCGCGGAGGGGGAGAACCCGGCGGGCUUUGGCAAAGGGUUCGAUGUCGAUGGCUUCAAGAUGAUGGCUGGGGCGAAGCUGCUGCAGCCCACCUUCGAGCUCGAGACCACGCUGGCCAGUUACUACCAUAUUGCCGCCUUCCAGCCCAUGGGGCUGAUGCCCUACGUCUCGCCCACCCCGGCGCUGGUCGUCACCCCGGAGCGUGACGUGGUCUCGCCGGCGGACCUCCAGCGCACGCUAAUCUACGACCGUCUGAAGGAGCCCAAACGCCACCUGCUCGUGCCGGGCAAGGGUCACAUGGAUGUGUUGAGUGGUGAUUCUUUUGCCCAGACGCUGGAUGCGCAGGUUGCGUUCCUGCGUGAGAUUUUAGGGUAGGCGGAUGAGUGUUGCUUGUACCGGAGGUACCGGAUAUUAUGAUCACCUCACAAAUUAUAGUUAGUGCUCUGAGACAUGCUCAAACAAUGCGCUUGUAGUUG